AUGGGACUCACCCUUUACUUGGGAAUGAAAAAGGGAAACAUAGCAUGUCACAAGAGCGAGGCGAGCAAGAAGCACCUACUGCGAGAGGGACGCCUCGCGAGCCGGCUUAUAGAGAUGAGGCCUUUUGGCGAAGCCAAGUCAAUUUCGGGCCACCAAACCCUGCAACUGAUGAGAAGGCCCUAUGGAAUAAAGGGAAGCGUGUACGUUGUCACACUCCCUGCCUUCCAAAGGUGCCUAGAGGACGGGCCAGACGCAGCAGAGCGACGACCCGGGAGCGGAUUCCCCACCGGCAGGGGACAGGAGACGGCCAUCUCAAGGCACAUCACGACCUACAGGCAACACCGGCGAGACCUGGGAAGGCAACCCGAUUGGGAGUCAGAGGAUCCAUAG